GGCGGGCAGCGCUCUGGGUUGCCGGAGAGCUUGGUGCGGGCCGCUGAGGUGCUUGCUGGCCGUGAGGUGUGGCUCUGAGGCAGCUGGUGAUGGGCGCUGCGGGCGUGCAGCGCAGGUAAAGAGUGUGUGAGCACCGGCCGCUGCUGCCACCGCCUCGGAACCCGGCUCGUCCCACGCGGCUGCGACCCCACUCCUGACUGCAGCCCUGCGCCGACCUGAGGCAGAGACGUGGCAGCCGGCGGUCCGCAAAGCCAGGCGAGGGGUCCUUUAGCGGGGGGCUGCGCUCUGCGGCGCUUGCUGGCCGCGUUCUCGCCGCCGUUGCGAGGGUAUUGACAGCAAGACAGCAGAAUGAAGGCCAAGUGCUGUAGUCGAGUUGUGCUUUGCUCCAAGACAACCAUCUAUACUUUUCUGCUUGGAGGCGUGUUUAUUGCAUUGGGCUCAAGUCGAAUCCUCCUGAUGAAGUAUUCUGCCAAUGAAGAUAACAAAUACGAUUAUCUUCCUACAACAGUGAACAUAUGUUCUGAAGUAGUAAAAUUGGUCCUGUGUUUGGUAUUGGCACUAUGGGUUAAGAAAAAAGAGGGUUGUUUGGAUCAUCCCUUUGAAUGUCUUUCCUGGAAGAAUUUUUGUAAUUCCAUGAAAUGGUCAAUUCCUGCCUUUCUCUACUUUUUGGAUAACUUGAUUGUCUUCUACGUACUGUCCUACCUCCAGCCGGCAAUGGCUGUACUCUUUUCAAAUUUUGUCAUUAUAACAACAGCUCUUCUCUUCAGGAUAGUUCUAAAGCGAAAAAUCUCUUGGGUACAGUGGGCAUCUCUGGUGAUAUUAUUCCUGUCCAUCGUUGCCCUGACUCUAGGAACUGGAGGCCAUCAGCAAAGCUUGGCCGCACAUGGAUUCCAUCAUAGUAUGUUUUUUAGUCCAUCUAACCACUGCCUCCUCUAUGCCGGACCUGAGGAAGCAUGCCUGGAAAAGGGCAACUGCAUAACACCAAGUUUCCUUCCCAACUUCCAUUGGAAUGUCACCAGUACCAUGGCAGGAGCAUUGAAACCUCUUCGCCUCAGCUUGGCCCAUCUGCUUAUUCUGGUGCAGUGUUUCAUUUCUGCCCUGGCUAACAUCUACAAUGAAAAGAUCUUGAAAGAUGGGGAUCAGCUUGCUGAAAGCAUCUUCACGCAGAACAGCAAACUGUAUGCCUUUGGGGUGCUGUUCAAUGGGCUUAUGCUGGGACUGCAGACUAAGGACAGGAAGCAGAUAGGGAAUUGUGGCUUCUUUUAUGGGCACAACAUCUUCUCAGUGGCUCUAAUAUUUGUCACAGCUUUCCUUGGACUGUCUGUAGCCUUCAUCUUGAAGUUCCGAGACAACAUGUUCCAUGUUAUGACUGCUCAGAUCACCACUGUCAUCAUUACCACCGUCUCUUUUAUCAUCUUUGACUUCAGGCCUUCUCUGGAGUUCUUUUUGGAAGCUCCUGUAGUACUUCUCUCUAUAUUCAUCUAUAAUGCCAGUAAACCAAGAGGCCUGGAAUAUGCUACUCUGCGGGAAAGGGGCAAACUCAUCAAAGGAGAUGCAUGGGAGAGGUCAAGCGGGGAUGGAGAAGAAUUUGAGAGGUUGAACAGACCAAACAGUGACAUCGAUACAGAUGAAGAUUCCCUCUAGUGUUAGGCUGGCUCAGAGGAGUUCUAUUACUCAUAGUGAAAGAAUUUUAACAUUUUAUUAACACAGAGAACGGUCAUUUUUCCCCACUUGCAAUUGAAACUAUUUUGCAGCUGAAUAUCAGAGAUGAAUGAGGAAAACAUUAGAGUUUAUUAGCUGUAUGUAUGGAGCAUUGUAUUGUCUCUUCCUGUGCAUGUAAAUCAGAAGUUCAAAAUCUGCUGAAAGAAACAAAAUUUGUAAUUGAUGCAAACAAGAAGAGGCCUACACUCUAGACUCAGUGGUCUGGGUGACAUGUGCUUUAUUAUGGAAGGCAGUCCUGGACUCUUAACUGUAUAUCUUUCACAACUUUGGUUGACUGUCCUGAGUCUGCAACUUCCUGUAUGAAUUCCUUGGUUAGCAAAGCAGAGAUAAAACUGUUGUCUACCUUGCAGCAGUGAUAUAAGCAUUGAUUAAUGUUUCUGCUGUAUCUUUCAGUGUACAAAUUCUCCAGUAAGUUUUCUUUUCAGGACUGAAGAUGUUACUAGUAACCUCGUAAAUACGGAGGCAUAUUGACUAGUUUAUUGUGUUUUUGCAAUUCAGGUUGUUAUAUCCCUAGCUGAGUAAAAGAGCCCCUCUGAACCAAUCUCAUCAAACUUUCAGUUGAAAAUGUAUAAUCAAAUAAUUUGGGUUAAGGGUAUGUUGAUCUGUCAAAAAUGCAGAUCUCUAUAGAGUGUGAUUUGAGUUUGAAUGGUCUUAAUUCUGUCUUCAUUCCUGUCUUUACAUCAGCGUAACUGUACUGACUCCUGUGGAGUCCUUUCAUUCUGAUUUUCUCUGAUAUGACUGAGAGCAGAAUAGAUUUCACUGACUUCAGCCACUAGUUCUCACAUUUCAGCGUGAGAUUCUUGUGUGCCUGUCUCCCAGUGUCUGGGGAAAUGGAAAUCUGCAAUGCCUUUGUAGAAGAUAGUGAAUUUACAUGCAGCUUAUGUGGCCUAACUUUGAAAGAGCUUGAAUAAAACAAAAGUGUGUUAUACAGUAUAAAUGCAUCAUGGGGUCUCUUUUUUGUGUUUAGAAAUGCUAUGUGUAGAGGCAUUAGUUUGCACAGAUGCCACUACUGAAAACUUGAUAUUAUGCAGCUACAGUGAUGCUUUUCAACAUCUGGAGCACUGAGCAAGAGGGUGCAUGUGAUAGUAUCAUUUAGUGUUGCACUACCCUGUCAGACUGUAUUUAUUUUGCAGAGAAAGAAGUCAUUCUGCAGAGUGCCAGGCAUAGUGGUCUCAAGAUCAUUGUUAAGGUGUGUCUGCUGGAUUGCAUUUUGAGUGAGAUGAAAAAUAGGUUCCAAAUAAUUUAGAGAACUUUAAAAGGGGGAAGCAAACAGGGAUGCAGAUAGGAGAUUCUUGGUAUGUUCUUAAAUACUAUUUUUUCAGAACAGUGAAAAAGAUGCUGGUUUAUAAUUUUCUCCCUUCCAAAAUGCAUAGUUCAUAGUUGAAAGAUACUGUGAAAAGAAUUCUUCAGAAAGAUAAGCAAUGAGUUCAGUGUCAAAGCCUCAUACCACAGUGUAUAGUAAUCACUUAGUGAUGCAUUUCUCUGUGGACUGUAGACAGUCCUGCCUUUGUUCCCCUCUG